UACAGCCCAUCCACCAUCCUGCUUGGCUCCCUGAAUUUUGCCAUGCUGGAUGGAGUUUCGAUUUUUCCGGGAAUAUCGCCUGGAUGUUUUAUCGUGUUCAUGCUUGCCAUAUAUCCGCCCGUCUUGUUUUCGGAUAAUCGGCUUUAUUCCGUCACAGGAUACUAUGCAUUAAAAUCGCAUUUAUUUGUGUGAUCUUUUGAUUUACUCGCCAACUUCAGUGAAGUGUGGAUAAAUACUUUUGGCUAUUUUACAUCAUGAAUGCGACAUCACGGUACUUUCGCAAGUUGUUCACGGGUUUGCCUGAGUUGAACUACGGGAACACGGUGCUGGUACAGCGUGAUAACGACCAGUGGUGGUUAGGAUACGUUCAAGACAUUGACGGUCCUAACUUCUACGUUGACUUCGAUGCCAGCAGCAUCAGCGCUCAGUGGAUCCAUUCCAGUCAUCUUUGGCCGCAUCAUUUUUUACAGCCACCUCUUCAAAGCUCGUCGGUGCACAUAGCGCUGCGGAGGACUAAUGCUGACCCAAUGGUUUUCUGGCCAGGGACUCUCGUGGACACUUAUAUUAUCAGUCCUUUCCAUUGUGUACUUUUGACUGGUAACAUUCCUGACGGGAUGCAUGGUCAGCAUAUCGUGCAUUGGAACCAUUGCACCGAAAAGCUGCCGAUUCAUAAGAAAAGUUUCUUCGAACUAACAGUGGGAUUUUUGUACAGCAAGCUCUUCAUGCCGGAAGAGGAGAAAAGUUUCUUUGAACGAAGAGCGGCAUUCUUGUACAAAAAACAUGUUAUCCGCUUUCCCAAAGCACAAGUGCUACCAGAUGUUGAUUUCAUUCCCCAAUUAUUAGCCCGUAGUUGCCGAUGGGUGCUUCCUCGUGCCCGCGGUAAUCAUCUUUGUGACGGGAACUGUUCCUCCGUUCGACUCAUUUCAAUGGACGAGAUGCUCCAUUACUGCAAUGCUGACCUUAAGACGGAAUGUGCCAUCGGGGUCGGGUGUCGAAUGUUCGUGCGAGUGGGAUUGGAUGACAUCACAUUUAUCUGCGCCGAAAUGAAGGAUUAUAAAGACGAUUUCAGAAAGAGAAUUACUUCAAUCUUUUGGGAUGAAGAAUCACUGAGACAAGCUUGCGAUGACUAUCUCACCCUGAAGCUGAAAACACAUCCAGUUGAUACGCACACGACUUCCGGGUACGCGCUUAACGAAGAUUUUGAAGAAAUGUCCAUCAGUGAACUUGCACAUCCGAUCGUGGCUUCUGUACACUCCUAUUUGGAUGUGGAAUCACAAUUUUGGGCGCGCAGAGUAUGCGCCCUGUGGAGUUUGCUUUCUUGCGAGCACGCAAACGACCGACACAUCCUGUUCGAUCUUUGUACCAACUGCGAACGACAGCCACAAGACCUGCCAAAAGGGAAUGCAAAAGACGUUCUCGAUGCUAGCGUAAGAUCAGAAUAUGCUGAGUAUCUCGCGUACAAACUGGUAACGACACUAGACCGCGUAAUCUCGGUGCGCACGCAGACACUGGCGUUGACAGAGGAUGGGAACCAUCUCCACGACGGAUUCGAUCUCGAUGAACGGAUGAGGCUGACCGCAGCUGUAUUAGCCAUCAAAGGUGUUCGCCCGCGUGCAAUCUUUAUUAAGAAUGGCAUUGGCCGGAAUACACUUUCGAAGCUCUAUCCGUUCCUGGACAUCCUCUGCAGUAAUCGCAGAGGAAUAUUAGAGUGCAACGGGUUGUAUGACCUGAUGGCGGUGUGUGAACAGCUGGUGCUAAUCAACUUCAAGUUUUCCGAUUUUAUCAGGCGGGCAGCGGUGGAACUGUUAGGAUGGGGUGGUCAUCCGUUUUUGCCCCUUUCGGAGAGCAAAUUGCUGCGCAGGCAUGAUCCGGAUAUUGAUCCUAGUCCAGUUAUCAUUCCGUGUCUACGUUUUCACUCCGUAGAAACUGCCACCCAACAUGCGGAUAUUCGCAUCGUUCUAGCGGCGCUCAAUGUCCACUGUCCGGCCGUUAGUCAGCGGGUGUUCGAAAAGGUCACAAACAUUCAGGCGCGCUGGGUACGAACGGUAGCCUAUCCGGACCAGUGGAACAGCAUUGGCAUCUUUCUGUACCUGUUCAACCAUCUGCGCCCUGGUGAUGCGCCUAAGGAAUGGGAUACGAUGGAUCUUCGCCAGCUGGACAUCGCUGCACUGAGUCCUAUCACCUUCGCAGCUUUGGAUGCAUGCUACAAGGAUAACGACGAUAAUGAUGACGUCAAUGGCGAUGAGUAAAGCAGGAUAGAAGACAGGCUUUCCGAUUUUCCAUUAGUGGUUUCUUAGUUAGUUGGUUUUCUUAGGUUUUCUCCCGUUUAACUAUGCCUACUGCGACACUGUCAUAGCCCAGUGUCUGAAUACACAGAUUCCGGUAAAAAGCAUUGUCAACAUUCACAAAAUUUCAAUACAUUGUCAACAUUCACAAAAUUUUUAAAUAGUAAUUUUCAAUGCUUUACGACUCGUAGACUCCAUAGACUGCUACUGUAAACGGAUCAGUAUACGAGUAUUCGCCCUUAUUGCGCUAAUAGCUGAUGA